AUGGUAACACACCAUCGAUCCAAUAAUCAAUUUGAUAUUCAAAACUUUAACGGGAACCAUCAGCACAGCACCUAUAGUCACCACCCAAACACCGUUCCUCCAUACGUGCUCGACGCUAUAUCCAAAAACCCUCCAGAAAACAUCGAUCCUGCGAAAAAGGAAGAUGAUACAUACCUCAAAUCCAUUAAACAUUCGUGGUACACGUUUAUGCAAAAUAUCAAAGUUGCCACAACCUAUCCGCAAAACAUGAUUUCACACGGUACAGAACACAUUGAUAGAUACGACUUGGAUUCGCCAUGGAAUGGAGAAGACCGAUUGAAUGAGAUUUAUCUGAAUGAUGCACGAUAUCAUGGAGAAAAGGUCAAGCGCAAAGGAUUUUUCAGUAUGUUCCAGGGAACCAAGGAUGCUGGUGAACACGACACCAAAAUUAAGAGGUCUGCUGGAUAUUGGAUGAAGACAGAGAACCGAUCACAGCUCAAACCAAUGUUGAAAAAAGUUUUCAUGUUCAAUCCACUUGUCCCCUUAAUGUUGCGUAUUAUCACUUUGAUCUUUUGUGUCGCUGCAUUGGCCUUAGCGUGCUCCAUCUUCAUCUUCAGCAAGAGCCAAUACAAUGGACAUUCAGUUGAUCAACAAGCCAGUACAAUUAUGGCAAUCGUUGUGCAAUCAUGUGCAUUGGUCUAUGUCAUUUACAUUGCAUAUGACGAGUAUGCUGGUAAACCUUUGGGUUUGCGAGAACCAAUGAGUAAAUUGGGACUUGUAUUGUUAGACUUGUUGUUUAUAAUCUUUUCAUCGGCAAACCUUUCUUUGGCAUUCAAUACCUUAUUUGAUGACCAAUGGGUCUGUGAAAUUUACCGUAAUCCCGACGGUACAGAGAACGUUGAAGGGUUGUUUCCCAUUGUGAGCUCAAUAUGCCGAAGACAGCGAGCUUUAGCAAGUUUCCUAUUUGUGGUCUUGGUGACGUGGGUCUUGACAUUUACUAUUAGCUUGUUACGGGUGAUAGAUAGAGUUAAUGCACCUAAAUAG